AUGGAAGACGAUGAACAACCGAAAAUGGGUUUGAUCGUAACCGCACGGCAGACGUAUUAUCCAAUUGAACUCUCAAACGCAGAGUUACUUGCGCAUUAUGAGACUAUUCAGGACUAUCACCAAGAGAUAUCCGCCAAUGUUAUCUCGCAAUCGUGCAAAUUCAAGCCGGACCCCAAACUCAUUAGCCAACAGCCCGAAAUGGAUCCACAUCAGACACGUAGAAGUGUGAUGUCGAUCCUGUUCGAGCUCGCUGUUAAAACUCGUGUCACAAAUGGCAUAUUCUUCCAUGCGGCAAGACUAUACGAUCGUUACUGCUCCAAGAGAGUUGUCCUGCGGGAUCAGGCCAAACUGGUCAUCGCCACGUGCCUGUGGCUUGCGGCCAAGACCUGGGGUGGUUGUAACCAUAUCAUUAACAAUGUCUCCGUGCCCACGGGCGGACGUUUCUACGGACCUAACCCCAGAGCCAGAAUCCCCAGACUUUCAGAAUUGGUGCAUUACUGCGGCGGCGCCGACGUCUUCGACGAAAGCAUGUUCAUGCAAAUGGAAAAACACAUCUUGGACACCCUCAGUUGGGACGUCUACGAACCAAUGAUCAAUGAUUACAUUCUGAAUGUAGACGAAAACUGCUUGAUACAGUACGAGCUUUACAAGAGACAGUUAGACCACAACCGCGACUGGUUCAAAAGAACGUCUCAAACUUCGGAUAGCGACGCUACAGAAGCGGAUGAAGAGGACGACAGGGAUCUCGACAGCAAGAUCAGGCUGAUCAAUAUCAAGACUUUUCUAAUCGAUCUCGCAACAUGGCAAUACGACUUGCUCAAGUUUGAAAUGUUCGAACUCGCACACGGCAUUUUCUCAAUCAUCAAUCAGUUCACUAAGCAAGACCAGGGUCCACUUCUGCUGUCGCCUUUGCCAACCGCUACCAACCAAGCCGCGCUACUUAACAUUUUCAUGGCAGCAGUAACUAAGGCGCCCGCAGAACUUCUGGCUUACUACAACGACAGUCAUGGUGUUACUUCGUUUGUCGACGCCGUCAAGUCGCACUACACUGCACUACAGAAAAAAUGGCAAUUUGCGGCAAACGCAGAUCUUUCGCGCCGAUCUACUUUGUGUGCUGAGGUACCAUCCAUGCCCUCUCCACCAUACCCAACCACCACUCAGACUCCUCUGAGAAAUACGGCGGCCGCGUCGGACACAAGCAUUUUCAGCACUGUCGAGACACAACCGUCUCCAGUAACGCCUAUAAUGUAUUCGUUCCCACACAGUAAGGGCAAUUCAAACAGCACGUGUGGAUCCACGCUGAGCGUGAACAGCAUCUCGAACAAACGCACACGGGGCGAAGACUACGAUUACAUGGACGAAGACAAAGAAAAUCGCGAAAGAGGGUUUGUGGCACCACCCAAGGCCAAAUUCGUGGGCAAUAGCAUUUUUGCAUCGGGCGGGACCUCUGCCACAAACAGCAACCGAUCCUCGCUUGUAUCGCUCGCUAUCGGGAAUAUUAAUGUUGCAUAG